AUGAAUCAAGAAAAGUGAGCCAAACUUCAGGCUCAGGUCCAGCGGGGCAAGGGUACAGCUCUCAGAAAGAAGGUGGUACACGGAACAGCUACAGCUGACGACAAAAAACUUGAGAGUUCUCUUAAAAAAAAACUGGCUGCAAAUAACGUAGCUGGUAUUGAAGAGUGUUGGAGAGCAAAGCACCAAAACCAGAAGAUACUGACGAGGAGGAGGAUGAUGUUCCAUAUCUCACAGAAAAUCCUGGUGAGGCAUCAAAAAUAA